CUGGCCAAGGCAGUGUACGAGAAGAUGUUCAACUGGAUGGUGACAAGGAUCAAUGCCACCCUGGAGACCAAGCAGCCACGCCAGUACUUCAUAGGGGUCCUGGACAUCGCCGGCUUCGAGAUCUUCGAUUUCAACAGCUUUGAGCAGCUGUGCAUCAACUUCACCAACGAGAAGCUGCAGCAGUUCUUCAACCACCACAUGUUCGUGCUGGAGCAGGAGGAGUACAAGAAGGAAGGCAUCGAGUGGGAGUUCAUCGACUUUGGCAUGGACCUGCAGGCCUGCAUCGACCUCAUUGAGAAGCCCAUGGGCAUCAUGUCCAUCCUGGAGGAGGAGUGCAUGUUCCCCAAGGCCACUGACAUGACCUUCAAGGCCAAGCUGUAUGAUAACCACCUGGGCAAGUCCAACAACUUCCAGAAGCCACGCAACAUCAAGGGGAAGCCGGAAGCCCACUUCUCCCUGAUCCACUAUGCCGGCACAGUGGACUACAACAUCCUGGGCUGGCUGCAGAAGAACAAAGACCCACUCAACGAGACGGUGGUGGCCUUGUACCAGAAGUCCUCUCUCAAGUUGCUCAGCACCCUGUUUGCCAACUAUGCGGGGGCUGAUGCACCUAUCGAAAAGGGCAAAGGCAAAGCCAAGAAAGGCUCAUCCUUUCAGACCGUGUCAGCUCUGCACAGGGAAAAUCUGAACAAGCUGAUGACCAACUUGCGCUCUACGCAUCCCCACUUUGUGCGUUGCAUCAUCCCCAAUGAGACAAAGUCUCCAGGGGUGAUAGACAACCCCCUGGUCAUGCACCAGCUGCGCUGCAACGGUGUGCUGGAGGGCAUCCGCAUCUGCAGGAAGGGCUUCCCCAACCGCAUCCUCUACGGGGACUUCAGGCAGAGAUACCGCAUCCUGAAUCCAGCAGCCAUCCCCGAGGGCCAGUUCAUUGACAGCAGGAAAGGAGCAGAGAAGCUGCUGGGCUCCCUGGACAUUGACCACAACCAGUACAAGUUCGGCCACACCAAGGUGUUCUUCAAGGCGGGGCUGCUGGGGCUCCUGGAAGAGAUGCGUGAUGAGAGGCUGAGCCGCAUCAUCACCCGCAUCCAGGCCCAGUCUCGGGGUGUGCUCUCCAGAAUGGAGUACAAGAAACUGCUGGAACGCAGAGACUCCCUGCUGAUAAUCCAGUGGAACAUUCGGGCCUUCAUGGGGGUCAAGAACUGGCCCUGGAUGAAGCUCUACUUUAAGAUCAAGCCACUACUCAAGAGUGCAGAGACAGAGAAGGAGAUGGCCACCAUGAAGGAGGAGUUUGCACGCAUCAAAGAGGCGCUGGAGAAGUCAGAAGCUCGCCGCAAGGAGCUGGAGGAGAAGAUGGUGUCCCUGCUGCAGGAGAAGAAUGAUCUCCAGCUCCAAGUGCAGGCGGAACAAGACAACCUGGCUGAUGCAGAGGAACGCUGUGACCAGCUGAUCAAGAACAAGAUCCAGCUGGAGGCCAAGGUGAAGGAGAUGACCGAGAGGCUGGAGGACGAGGAGGAGAUGAAUGCAGAGCUCACUGCCAAGAAGCGCAAGCUGGAAGAUGAGUGCUCUGAGCUCAAAAGGGACAUUGAUGACCUGGAGCUGACGCUGGCCAAGGUGGAGAAGGAGAAGCAUGCAACAGAGAACAAGGUGAAGAACCUGACAGAGGAGAUGGCUGGGCUAGAUGAGAUCAUCGCCAAGCUGACCAAGGAGAAGAAGGCUCUGCAAGAAGCCCACCAGCAGGCCCUAGAUGACCUUCAGGCUGAGGAGGACAAGGUCAAUACCUUGACCAAGGCUAAGGUCAAGCUGGAGCAGCAGGUGGACGAUCUGGAGGGAUCCCUGGAGCAGGAGAAGAAAGUGCGCAUGGACCUGGAGCGAGCAAAGCGGAAGCUGGAGGGUGACCUGAAGCUGACCCAGGAGAGCAUCAUGGACCUGGAGAAUGACAAGCAGCAGCUGGAUGAGCGGCUGAAAAAGAAGGACUUUGAGCUGAAUGCCCUCAAUGCGAGGAUUGAAGAUGAGCAGGCCCUGGGCAGCCAGUUGCAGAAGAAGCUCAAAGAGCUUCAGGCUCGCAUCGAGGAGCUGGAGGAGGAGCUGGAGGCCGAGCGCACCGCCAGGGCCAAGGUGGAGAAGCUGCGCUCAGACCUGUCCCGGGAGCUGGAGGAGAUCAGCGAGCGGCUGGAGGAAGCCGGUGGGGCCACGUCCGUGCAGAUCGAGAUGAACAAGAAGCGCGAGGCCGAGUUCCAGAAGAUGAGGCGGGACCUGGAGGAGGCCACGCUGCAGCACGAGGCCACGGCGGCGGCCCUGCGCAAGAAGCACGCGGACAGCGUGGCCGAGCUGAGCGAGCAGAUCGACAACCUGCAGCGCGUGAAGCAGAAGCUGGAGAAGGAGAAGAGCGAGUUCAAGCUGGAGCUGGACGAUGUCACCUCCAACAUGGAGCAGAUCAUCAAGGCCAAGGCUAACCUGGAAAAGAUGUGCCGGACCCUGGAAGACCAGAUGAACGAGCACCGAAGCAAGGCCGAGGAGACCCAACGUUCGGUCAACGACCUCACCAGCCAGCGGGCCAAGCUACAGACCGAGAAUGGUGAGCUGUCCCGGCAGCUGGAUGAGAAGGAGGCGCUGAUCUCCCAGCUGACCCGAGGCAAGCUCACCUACACCCAGCAGCUGGAGGACCUCAAGAGGCAGCUGGAGGAAGAAGUUAAGGCGAAGAAUGCGCUGGCCCACGCGCUGCAGUCGGCCCGGCAUGACUGUGACCUGCUACGGGAGCAGUACGAGGAGGAGACGGAGGCCAAGGCCGAGCUGCAGCGCGUCUUGUCCAAGGCCAACUCGGAGGUCGCCCAGUGGAGGACCAAGUACGAGACGGACGCCAUCCAGAGGACCGAGGAGCUCGAGGAGGCCAAGAAGAAGCUGGCCCAGAGGCUGCAGGAUGCCGAGGAGGCCGUGGAGGCCGUCAAUGCCAAGUGCUCUUCACUGGAGAAGACCAAGCACCGGCUGCAGAAUGAGAUCGAGGACCUGAUGGUGGACGUGGAGCGCUCCAACGCAGCCGCCGCGGCCCUGGACAAGAAGCAGAGGAACUUCGACAAGAUCCUGGCCGAGUGGAAGCAGAAGUAUGAGGAGUCGCAGUCAGAGCUGGAGUCCUCGCAGAAGGAGGCGCGCUCCCUCAGCACAGAGCUCUUCAAGCUCAAGAACGCCUAUGAGGAGUCCCUGGAGCAUCUGGAGACCUUCAAGCGGGAGAACAAGAACCUUCAGGAGGAGAUCUCCGACCUGACUGAGCAGUUGGGUUCCAGUGGAAAAACCAUCCACGAGCUGGAGAAGGUCCGCAAGCAGCUGGAGGCUGAGAAGCUGGAGCUGCAGUCGGCCCUGGAGGAGGCUGAGGCCUCCCUGGAGCAUGAGGAGGGCAAGAUCCUGCGGGCCCAGCUGGAGUUCAACCAGAUCAAGGCAGAGAUCGAGCGGAAGCUGGCAGAGAAGGACGAGGAGAUGGAGCAGGCCAAGCGCAACCACCUGCGGGUGGUGGACUCGCUGCAGACCUCCCUGGACGCGGAGACGCGUAGCCGCAAUGAGGCCCUGCGGGUGAAGAAGAAGAUGGAGGGCGACCUGAACGAGAUGGAGAUCCAGCUCAGCCACGCCAACCGCAUGGCCGCUGAGGCCCAGAAGCAAGUCAAGGGUCUCCAGAGCUUGCUGAAGGACACCCAGAUCCAGCUGGACGACGCGGUCCGCGCCAACGACGACCUGAAGGAGAACAUCGCCAUCGUAGAGCGGCGCAACAACCUGCUGCAGGCGGAGCUGGAGGAGCUGCGGGCCGUGGUGGAGCAGACGGAGCGGUCUCGGAAGCUGGCCGAGCAGGAGCUGAUCGAGACCAGCGAGCGGGUGCAGCUGCUGCACUCCCAGAACACCAGCCUCAUCAACCAGAAGAAGAAGAUGGACGCAGACCUGUCCCAGCUCCAAUCAGAAGUGGAAGAGGCGGUGCAGGAGUGCAGGAACGCCGAGGAGAAAGCCAAGAAGGCCAUCACCGAUGCUGCCAUGAUGGCAGAGGAGCUGAAGAAGGAGCAGGACACCAGCGCCCACCUGGAGCGCAUGAAGAAGAACAUGGAGCAGACC